CAACAAAAUUCAAGUCCUGCAUCUUUUUUAUCGGAAAGUCAUGGAAAAUCGAACAAAAUUAUGGUCAAAAUUACCAAUAAUUCGCAGAAACUGUAGCAAUUUGUAAAAAUUUGUGUAAAAUAUAGGCUAAGGAGAGGAAAACAUCGUAAAAACACGACAAUUAUAGUUGCGCGUCUACUUGAUUCAUUCAUCAUCACGUAUACACAAGCUACACAGCGCAUAGAAAACACUACAACAAAAAAAACGAAGGAAAAAAAUGUCUUCUGCUCUCGCAAAUCCCGAUUUUGCGGUAAUUUGUGCGUUCUUCGAUCGUUUCGCGGACCUUUGUGGCAUCGAGAAGCAAGACACGAAGCAAAUAGUCGAAUGGAUGGAGAACACAGACGACGUGCAUCCCGAGUUGGCUGACCUUCACAUGAAACUUCUGCGAAAGCUACGGAAGACGGUGCACGCCCCACGAUGGGAAAGGGCUCUCAUCAAGUUCUGCUACGUGAGUACAUCGAUGCAAGAUGCUUGGGAAAUCGAGAGAUUUGGAUACAAAAAAGCCAGUAUGGCAGUUAAGCUGCGAGUUCUCAAAGCGUUACUCGAAUUUCAGUUUGAUUUAAAUGUGAAAUUCAAAAAUGCGAUAAAUCUUGCGGGAGCGAAUGAUUUAAGAGGUACCCCGAUUGGCAAAGAUGAAUAUGGGAAUGCCUAUUGGUACUUUCUCGAUGACAAAUGCAAUAUUUUCAUCUAUCAGGAGAACUCUGACGACGAAACGUGGCGUCUUGUGGCGAAUACGAGAGAAGAAUUUGUGCAGUUGAUUCAAAGACUGAAAGAUCGAGUGCCUAUUGCGCCUCCCGCUGAUGAAAUUAUCGACGAAGAGGACAGUAGCAAUAGUCAACCAGCAAUUCCGCUUAGUGCAGUGACAAAAGAAGAGCCUGUGAAGGAAGAGGAAGAGACAAAUAAAGUUGCUAGUCUCAAAAUCACACUCACGAACCCCGAUAAAGACGGUGUCUCGGAAAUUGUGAAUAAAACAGAAGCAGAAGAAGAGACGGAGAUCAAACAAGAAGUUACCAGUCACAGUGAUAGUCCAUUGAAAAUCACAAUUACGACAAAAGGUCGCAAAGGAACGCCCAAAAAACUCGCAGAAAGUGUCCCUGAAGAAGCUCCGGUGAAAGAAGAACCCGUCGUUGUCGCAAAAGAAGCAACUCCCGAGCCCGAAGUUCCCGCCAAAAAGGGUCGAGGACGAGGUCGUAAAACAAAAUCGCCCGUAAAAACCCCGCCAAAGGCAGCACAAGCCAGCAAAAAGCAAGAAAGUCCGAAAAAUCCCACGAAACGAGGCGCAGCAGCGCGUGGCGGAAAGAGAGCUCGUCGUUCGGGUAGAAACACACGAAACCACAAGGCAUCUGAAAGUGACGAAGUUGGUUCCGAAAUCGAAGAGGAAACGUUACAUGUGCGAGGCGAAGGUAGCGGAGCCGAAAACGAAGCAAUUUUCGAGUGUAGUGAAGUAAUCGAGGAAUGUGUCAUGUAUUUUCAUGGUGAAGGUGCCGGCUACGAGUCACUCGUUGGAAAUCCCGAGCCAAACAACGACACAAACAAAGAACAGGCAAAAACCACACCAAUCGUUAAGCAAUCAUUCUUCUUUGGAUCACCGGGUUGUCUUAAAAAUCGACCAAUGACAGCUUUUGGCAGCUCAUCUCUCUUCAGUUUCGGCGGACAAGCAACAUUUGGCGCAAGUUCAAGCACUACAACUACCCCGAAGUCAACUCAAGCAAAUAACGACGAUAAAAAAAUCGACGAUGUGAUCGACGAAGUUGACAAAAGUAGUGAAAAAAUCAACCUCACGCCGUGCAAAAGCUUUACCACGCAAAAACCUUUGGAAUCGUUACCAGUUUCUAAGCUCGGAAACACACAAAACUUCGAAGACAUCAUCGACGAUGACUCAAAUGAAUCGUCAAAGGCAACAGAAACCGAAGACAGUGGAUGCCCAGCGUCAACGAACAAUCUCACAACCAACAAAAAUGACACGGAUAAAGUUGAAUCUGUUCCUACGCCAGAUGAAGCGCCAAGUUUAUCGGAAAAACUCGAAGAUACGCCGCCUUUAACGCCCACAGAACUUCCAAAUGAUGCACCUGAAGUGAAUAACGAACAAAAAACGAAUAAUGAAUCGACAUCACAAGAAAAAAAUAGUGAAACAGAGAAUAAUUUGUCGGAAAAUCAAUCGGAAGUAAGCAUAUCAGAUAUUCCAUUACCCGAAAAAAUGCCAGAAAAUAAUUUAGAAACAAAAAAAGAGACAGUAGAAACGAACAAUAUUAGUGAAAAUGUAAAAAAUGAAGAGACUCUUGAAAAAAUUAGUGAAAAAAAUAACGAAGAAAGUUCAAGUGAAGUAAAAUUAUUGAAUGAUGUGCAAGAAACAAAAACUGAAGAAAAAGCACCAGAGGUAGAAAAGCCUGAAAAUUCAAGUGAAACGCCUUCAGAAGAAGUUCCUGCUCAAAAUACUGAAGUUACGACCGUUGAAGAAGUUGAGCCAGUUGAAAAAGUCGAACCUGUUGAGAGCAAUGAGACACCUAUGGAAACUUCCGUUCCACAAAUUGAAGAUUCUGUUACACCUGAAGCAGAAAUUGAGGCUGAAAAUGUUCCAUCAAACGAAGAAUCGACUUCUGUUGAACCAACAACAAGCGAAAUUGCUCCUGAAGAAAGCGAAAAGACUGAAAAUGCACUAAAUGACACAAAAGUUAACGAAGAGUCAAUUGUUGAUGUUCCAGAAGAAUCAAAAGUUGAUGCAACUGAAAAGCCUGAAGAUGCAAAAGUCUCAACGGAAGAGCCAACUGUCUCAAAAGAAGUCGAAAAUACAAGUUCAGAAAGUACAAAACCAGUUUCUCUCGUGCCCUAUGAAAGUGAGGACUCUUCUUCAAUGGCUUCUGUACCAGAAAAUUCCGUUCCUGAGAAAAAAGAGACGCCUUUAGAGGAAAAAGUUGAAGCAAGUGACUCGAAAAAGGAAGAAAUUCUGAAUGAAGAGCCUGAAAAAGUAACAGAAAAGGAAGAAAUUUCAGAAAAAGAGCCUGAAAAAGUAACAGAAAAGGAAGAAAUUUCAGAAAAAGAGCCUGAAAACGUAACAGAAACACAAGAGUUGCCAAGUAAAGACAAGUCCGAAGAAGUUUCUGAGGAAAAAUCGACAAAAACUGAAGAAUCAACAAGUAAAGUCGAGCCUGAAGAAGUUUCAGAAUUGACAAAAACCGAAGAAUCGUUAAAAAUAAAUGAACCUGAAGAACAAGUUUCAAGCGAAGUUUCAGAAAAUUUACCAACUGAAAGUAAUUCUAAAGAAAUUGUCACUGAAGUCUCGACCACUGAUGAAAUUUCAUCAAAUAUUUUGGAAGAAUCUCAAGAAAAAACUCAAAAACUCAACCAAGAAGAGCCAAAAGAGACAUCAGCAGUCGAAGAAGUUAGUCAAGUUGAAGAAUCAUCAUCUGUCAUAACAUCAGUUGAAACUCCAAAAGAACCAGAAGUGCAAGAAAAUGUCACUCCGGUUGAAAAUCAGCCAACUGAAUACAUUUCUGAAACAAUUGAAUCAGUGCCUGAAGAACCUGUUUCGUGUGAACAAGUCAAUGAGACGUCUGAAGAACCUGUUUCGUGUGAAAAAGUCAAUGAAGAGUCAAUUUCAGUCGAAAGUCAUCCAACCGAAAGUAGCGAAAAACUUGAAAAUGAGUUACCAAAAGAAGAUUCAUUGAUUGAAGAGCCAGAAACUAAAGAUAUUGAAGAAAUUAGCAAUUCAAUGACUGCAACUGAGGAAAAAACUGUUGAAAAUCCUGUUUCUAUUACUGAAGAACAACCAGAAAAAGUUGAAGAAGUCACUAAAGUCACUGAAAAAUUGGAAACGUCUCAAAAUUUGUCCGAAAUUUCAAUUGAAUUGCCAACAAAGAGUGAUUCGUCGAGUAGUCAAGCUCUUCACAUCGUAGAAUCUGAUGAAAAAUCCAACGUUUCAACAAAAAUCGACAGUGACUUACAAAAAGAAGACAUUUCCGACAAACAAGAAGAAGUUGUCGAAUACCAGCAAAAGAAGAAACGUGCACGAACGGAAUCCGGUUCGCUCAAAGAACGAAUUCUGUUCCGACCACAAAUUGACUUUGUUCAAAAUGAUGUACAACAACCAUUUACCUCAACAAGUACCGAAGUGCAAAUUCACGAAAAGGCUGAAAAACUGGAAAUUCAACCGGAAAAAAGCUCCGCGGAACACUCCAACGUGUCAUCUCUCGAAGAACAAGACGCGAGUCGCGGUAGCAGAGAAUCAAAUCUCACAAAGGAACCACAACAACAACGUCCCUUCAUUCCCUUCGAAGAAUCUCAGAACGCCAAUGAUGCGCUGUACGCUUCAUCGACGGAAUCUAGCAAAACAGAUGUCAUUGACGAGUCAAUUAACACGCAGAAAUAUGUGUCGAAGCGCGAAAAGGCAAUGCAACGAACGACAUUUAACGACUUUUCCGUAUCGAAACUGAUUGGAAGCAAUCAAGAGGCAGCGAAAGAAUCCAAAAUCGAGAGUUUAAGUGUCGAAAAUAUGGUGAAUGAAAAAAGUUUCGAAGCUCCGACGACAUCUGUGCAUCAAGUUGAACUGCAAUCGACAUCGUCGCCUUACAAACAUUCGAUCGAAAGUAUGAUGGCGAAGAGUCCGAGGUCAUCUCCGAGUCCCCAACCUGAACAAAGUGCACCAUUGGAUCUACAAAAACAUUCAACGGAAGUCGUUUCGCCUGAAAAAGUCGAAGUUCCUGUGGCAGAGACCAAAUCUCGAGGUCGCGGAAGAAGAAAAGUAUCCAACGAAUCUGAAUCAGUUCCUGCAGAAGAGAAAGAAAAACCCGCCGAAGUCGAUGUUCCUGCAAAAACCCAACCAGAAGUUUCUGCUGAAACGGAAGACAACGCAAUUCGAGCUCGUCGAGGUCGCAAAAAGAGUACGCCUGUGAAGCAUGAGAAUCCAACGACAGAGUUAAUCAGCAUUAAACCCACAUACGUGUCGGAUCCCUCAAAAAGUGACGUAAUUGAGAGCAAAAGACCUCGAAAAUCGGUCAGUCCUGAAAAAGUUGUCAAACCACCUGUUGAACCCGAAGUCGUUACCCCAGAAAAAAUGACACCAAAACUCAGAGCAAAGGCUUUAGCGAAGAAAUCCAUCUCACAAGAAUCUCCGGAAAAGUCUGAAACGGAUCCAAGUCCUGCGAAAUCCGAAAAAUCAGAAGAAAUCAAACCAGCAAAGGAACAAGAAGUCGCCAAAAAGGUCGAAGUCGAUGAAAAUGUUGGCCGAUCAACGAGAACUCGUCAUAAAAGAGCCGCAAACGAGCCUUUGGUCGAAACGCAAGUCGCUAAAGAGCAAAAAACGAGUCCUGCGAAGACUGAUGCGAAAGUUCGUGGCAGAAAACGUCGAAUGUCAGAAGAAGAAUCGCGCAAACGACAAAGUUCUGAAAGUGAUAAUGAUGUUUUUGAUCAAAAUGUGGAGCCAUCAGCGGUUUCUGAGUCGUCGGAAGAGGAUUUCAUCGCUCCAGCUGGCGGAAAACGUGCAAAAAUGCGUGGCAAGCAAAUCGAUACGUCACUCCGUAAGGAAGUUGAGACGAAAAAGCAACAAGAAAUACCGACAACUAGCGAUGCUAGCGAAGAUGAUCCCGCUCCACGCACGAGAGGAGGACGACAAACGAGAAGAUCAGGAGGAACAACCACUUCGCCGCCUGAAAAGAAAAAGACAGAAACAGUUUCAACGAAAAUCGAAGAAAAACCUCAAGAAGAACCGAGACGAGGUAAAGCAAAACGACGAAAUGAAGCAACAAACAAGGCACCAACUGAAGAAUCCGCGUCGGAUGUCAAAAAAGAAGAGGAAGUUGCAAAGAAGGAAGAAAAAAUUGAGAAAGUUGAAACGAAAGAAACGGAAGAAACAACUCCAAUCAACAGUCCUGACUCGAAAAAGGCAAAAAUUGAAGAGUCUCCUGUUGAAAAACCUGUGGAAGCUGAAGCAGAAUCACAAUCAGAGCCCAAAAAACGCGGAGGUCGUCCACGAAAAGGAGGAGCUGCUGUUUCAACAACAACGCCGAAGAAGACUGUCAACGCAGUUUCAAGCGAAAUUGAUCCCUCGAACGUCAUUACUGCUGAAAACGAUGCUCCUGUGCGUCAAUCUCGUAGAAUUGCUCAAGCAAAAAUUCGUGAGGAAGCGGAACGACGAAAAAUGGAAGAGAUCAUGCUCGCUCAAUUGAAAGCUGAUAACGAUAAGAAGAAACGUGCUGAAGCAAAAGACAAAGAUUUCGUGCCAAGAGGCUUCAAAGUCUCGUCAGACAGCGAUAAUGACGAUUCAAAUGCAUCGGGGAGUCGUAAAAGAAGCCGUAAAAAGCGCAAAGACCCAAAAACGUGGAAAGAAAAUGCCAAAACGAGCGACGAAAGUAGUUCUGAAGAAGUUGAGGAAGAAGAAGAUGCCCAUUCAGAGCCCGAUGUCAGACAAGCAGCGUUAAAAAGUGAUCACGAAUUCUCGUGUGAGUCGGAGGAUGAAGAUGCGCAAGCGAUACCCACAAAACGAGCUCGUACCGUGAAGAAAGAAGAUCAAGACGACAGCGACGACGAUAAUCCGGAACACGCUUGUCAAAAAUGUCACAAAACUGACCAUCCAGAGUGGAUUUUGUUGUGUGACACGUGCGACAAGGGGUAUCAUUGUUCCUGUUUGAAGCCCGUUUUGUUCUUGAUUCCCGAAGGCGAUUGGUUCUGCCCGCAAUGUCAACACACAAAACUCAUUGAAACGUUGGAACAAAAGCUGCUGGACUUUGAUUUUCUUACGCGACAACACGAAUUGGCGGAAAUUCAUCGUCAACGCGAAGAAAAACUGGCAGCUGAGAAGGAAGAAGCGAAACGUGUCGAAAAGGAACGAUGUGAAGCUGAGCGAAAACUCGAGGAAGAAAACGCUAAACUCAACAAAAAAUCAGAUUCAACGGAAAACAGCAGUGAUGGAAGUUCUGAUUCAGAUUCGGAUGACGAUAAGCCGUUGUAUAAGUUGCGAAGAAGGAAUCAAGUGCCCGUUACGUAUCGCUUCAACGACUACGACGACAUGAUAAAUCGCGCCAUUCGCAAAGACAUGGAAGAAGUUGAAGAAGCUAACCAAGGUUCGGGAAAUGCGGGUCGAGGAAAAGACAUUUCCACAAUUAUCGAGGCCGAUAAGGAGGAAAAACGGCGACAAAGCAUGGGUUUGGAUGAAAAUGAUCCGAAACCGGGUGUCGAAAAGGAGCCUGGCGAAACGAGUGAAAGUGAAGAAGAGAAAAAAUCCGAUAAAAAUGAGGAAGAUGACGAUGAUGAUGCUCCAAUUAGACGACCGACGAAGAAAUCAUCAGGUUCAAAGAAGAAAAAGCCUCGACGGAAGCUUAACCAAUUAGAUUUGAGCUCAGACGAAGACGAUCCAACUGACGAAAGUUUCAAAGGAAGUUCCGAUUCGAGUGACGAAGAAGAAAAUUUCAGUGCUUCAAGUGCAGAAACGGAAAGUUCGCUCGAGUUGGCUGCAUAUCGUCGAAAAGCGAACAAAGAUGGAAGAGCUUAUGCGACGCGUCGUCGAAGACAGCCACGCAUGGAAACAUUUAUCAACGACAAUGACAGCGGCGAAGAAAGCGACGUGAAACCGACUAGAAAAAAGAAGAAAAAGAGCGAUUCCGAGGAAUUUGAGCUGUCAGAUGGAUCUGACGAGGGCUCCGGAGGUUCGGAAGAAAGUGAAGACGUUGAUAGCGAAGAACUUUGUGACGACAGCGAUUCAGAUUCUGAUUCGGAAUAUCGUUGGUCCAAAAGUAAGAAGAAAAAGCGCGAAAGUUCAGGAGUCCCAACACAAGCGGCAGGAAAACAACCCAGAAAAGGCUUUGGCAAGAAACGACCCGUCAAAAAACCCGAAGAUGAGGAUAAAGCAUUCCGUGCUGGAAUCUCCAAGAAGAAAAUUUUAUCGGAAAAGAAGAAGGAAGAAUCCGAAGAUUCGGAUGACAGCGAUAAACCUAUUCGUAAAACGCGUGGAAGACAAAUGCAUUACUUGGAAGACGAUUUUGAGAGUUCUGAUGAGGGAAUCAAGCCUGGCGUCUUUAGACCUGACACUCCGCCAGAAGAGAGAGAAGCAUUCAUUCGAAAACAGGAGGAAAUCAAACGAAUGUUGGCUGAAAAGAAUGCCGAAGCAGCAAAAGCGUUAGCUACCCCUACGAUUUCGGGCAAGCCAGAAGUGAAAAUCGAUCCUCCAAUGGACAAUAUUUCGAUAAUUCCUGCUUCGGUGAUUGAAAAUGCAAAAGCUUUGGACUCGGAUUAUCAUAAAAUCAAGCCGGGACAAUCGGUGUUCGAUGAUUUGCCGGAUGAUUUCAACCCGGAUGAAAUGGAUGACGAGGAAUUGGAAAAAAUGAUGGAAGAAGAGGACUUUGCGAAUCAUCAACUUAAGCUUGCGAGUGAUUUGAAACAGAAAAAAUUGAAAGAUGGCGAGUCACCGAGCAAAAAACCAUUGCUAAUGCCUGAUCCUUCAGUGUUACCAACGAAUCUCGUGAAAUUACCGAAGCAAGUUGAAAAGAAAUUGAAGAAAAAGAAGGAAGAAGAUGGCGAGCCUCCUGCGAUGGUUCAAGCUCCAAUCGCAAAUAUUCCCACAGAAGCUGAAGCUAAAAGACGUGAAAUGCCUCCAAAACCGUCACAUAUGCCUUUGCAUCCGAAUGCCCCGCCAAAUGUCACGAUAGCCACUCAAGGUCCCUUACCGGGAAAAUUAUCGCCUCAUUCGAUGCAUCAACAGCACGCACCUCCAAUGCCGCAUCCGUAUCAAGGAGGUCCUCCGAGAUUCCCACCUGGUAGUUUACCGCCUCAUUUGUACGCUCAAAUGCGUCCCGGAAUUCAACCGCAUCCAGGAAUGCCCGGAUUUGGUGGUCCUCCGCAGCAUUUGGCAAAUAUGUAUCCACAAAAUAUUCGAGCAGGCAUGCCAAGCAAUUUAAAUCCUGCGUUACGUUCGCUCAUGAGCAUGCCUCCGAAUAUUCCGCCGUCACCGCAUCAACGUCAUCAUGGUCCGGGACCUCUUGCAAUGAAUCCUCUCAUGGCAAUGAGCCAAAUUCCUGCUGGAACUGGACCUCCGCCACAAAUGCCGAAUCGAAAUGUGCCUCCAACGAUACAUAAAGAUCUUCCAACGACGCCAUCGUCUGUGAUUCAAGCAACUUCUCCGCAUGUAGUUCAUGCUCCUGCGCAACAACCAGCUCCGAAUGUUCCGCCAAGUCAACCACCGAAAGAAACAGCAGCUCCUGAAGAUACAUCUCCUGUGAAAAAACGCGGAAGACGCAAGAAAAUCACGCCUUUGAGAGAUGACUUGCCCAAAAAUGAUCCUACACAGUCAAUUAUGCAGAUGAAGCCCGAAUUUAAAGCACAAAUACCUCCAGCUGAUGCUGCAAAAUUGUCUGUUGUUGGUCAACCACAAUUGUUCAGUUUGACCCAAGCUGCUCCCGCAUCCGUAAUUACAAGAGUUAUUCCACAAUCGCCUACUUUAACGAAUAUUUCAAAGACAUCACCGUUACCAACCUCACCGCAAAUUUAUUCCAAAUCACCUCCGCAUCCAUCACGAGGACCUCCAAUCCCAAAUCCAGGCGCAGGCGCCUCUCAAUCACCAUCUGCGGCUCCGCCAAAAUCGUCACCGCAUUUGCCUUCAGAGCCAGGAAGAUUGGCAGCAUUACAUUCGCAACCUCCAAAUCCCUAUCGACAUUCACCAAGCGGCGUAAUUUAUCAUGGCGCUCCUCCAGGUGCUCGUGUAUAUCACGAUCCCGUGCCGAUUCAUCACAGAAUUCAUCAUUCUGGACCUCCGCCAGCUGGCACGCCGCCAUCUGCUGGAUCUAGAUCGCCCUCUACUCGUCCCGGAUUGUAUCCUGGUCAAUAUCCUCCGCAUCAUCUCCCGCCUCAUCAAUUCCCGCCAUAUCCAUUUGCAGCAGGAGGUCCUCCUCCAACAUCGACAAAUCCAGCGGAAAAUCGCUCUCCUGCCCAUUCAACGAGCUCAGCAGGAUCUCCGUAUCAACCGCCCGGCAAUCGAACUCCUCAAACUUUCGUCAAUGAAGAAGAUCGACCAAAAAGCGGAGGCGGAAACAACGCAGGAGGCGCAGGAGAAUUCAGUGGACUUGUGAGCUAUUUCAGUUCGCAACACGACGACUUGGCGUAAACUAAAAAAAAAACAUCACAACUAAAAAAAAAUGUAAAUAUCAAACAAAUCGAGACCUCGAAUUGACAAACACACAAAAAGAAACGGUAUUAUGAAUAUUUAACAUAAAUUUAUAAAGAAAAUAUUACAAAAAAAAAUUAAUAAUCAAACAAAAGUCUAGUUUUAAUACAGAAAAAAUGCUUAGUACGAAAAAAUUUAUAC